UCGAGUUCGCUGUAAAAAAGUGGAAAACAGUUUUGCGCGAUUUCAGCGAUUCGGUUUAGAUUUUCUGAAACCACGAAGAAGGAGUCUAAAUUCUUUUACGACACCAACGAAACCAGCUCUCAAUCAACCCCAGAGUGUACAAAAAUCUGUGCCAGAGAUCACGGAAGUCACGGAAACAAAACCCUCGGAAACCGGCAAGUUUUAAGGAUCGCGAUUUUGCAAGCAUUCGUUAACGAUCGAAUUCUCUUUCCAGCCUGAAGCUCACGGCAAGGUCUCUCUAAUUCAUUUUACAUCCGGAACAUCCGCACAGAAAAAUAAUUGCCAAACAAGAAGAUUAACAGAAACAACAGUAAAAGUAACAGAAACUGUCCAACAGUCAUUGAAAAAUACUGAAAUUUGGGCAUGUGGCCUUAGUAGCCGGUAAUUUGCGAUGAAUGAUCGCUGUGAUCGCAAUGAACAGCCACGGGAUUUUUUGUCGAUUAUUGUGCAGUACUGUGUUUGGUCGUCGUCUUGCUACCCACCGUUCAUUGGCCACUAAAGUCCUGAAGGAAAAUGCAAAAACUACACGCACCAAAAAACUGCGAACAGCGGACACCACCGCCUCGACGACGGUUGCCGAUCCUGUGACCGUUCCUAAAGACGUCCAGGAUUACUUCCAGGCCAGGGAUGCCUCUGUGUUGAGUCUCUUUCCACCGAACUUGCUCCGCAAGUGCAGCCAAAACACGGAACGAUUCUACAUAGCCGACCGAUCGGUCUCUCAGCAAGUAGCCGACGUUUUAACUCGAGAUCUGCCGGCAGAUCGACUGCUAGUAGAAGUGAAUCCCGGUCCAGGUUUGCUAACUUCCGAGCUAUUGAAGAAACACAAACAAAACCUGCGAGUAUACGAAACGGAGUCCUGUUUCGAGUCUCGGCUGAAAACCCUCGGCUUACCGGACGAUGCUUUUCGGAAAGCGGAUUUUAACGGUGUGUGGCGCCUGGCAUACUUGGACAGCUUCGAUGGAGGGCAGCGGGCAGCUAAUCUGUUGAAUGAUCUACCACACAAACGCCGGUGGCAGGAUGAGGUGAAUUUUCGUCUCUUUUCGGUCAUUGGUUCCAUCAAGUUCCUGCGGUAUCUUAUGAACUCAAUAACGUAUCAGAAUGAGUUUUACUCGCUCGGUCGCUAUGAGAUGAUUCUGGUCAUGUCGCCCCUUCUUUUUUCGCAUAUUGCAUCGACGAAAGAAUCCGGAUACAAGCUGUACCGUGGUGGUACCAUCGUGUUUCAGACAUACUUUGAGCAUGAACUGAUCGGUACCAUUCCCCGGCGCCAUUUAGUGCCUUGGUUUCAUGGUAGCAACACGAAAAAGCUCCGAACGCUACACCAAAAACUACUACAAGAUGGUACCGACGAAUGGUAUCUGGUUAAGAUAAUGCCUCGUAAAAAUCUGUACGAAUAUCUGCCACCGGAUAACUUGGCUCUAUUCGCUUCUUUCGUGACACAGCAUUUCGUAAGCAGAAAGAAUCGUAUUAUACCCACUCUAGAACACUGGAUACCGAAUUCUGGUGCACGGCUAAUAAUGAACUCGAACUACGCGAAAUCACAGGAGAAGGACAAAAAACCACCUGUUACGCUACCAUGCCAGCUGGUGAAGUCGGUUCCUUUGGCUGCGAAUGAUUAUCUAGAGAAAAUGACAAUCUACACGGAAUUUGGCGAACUGACUCCAUCGCAAGUGCUGACACUGUUCAACGAGUUCAUCAACUGGUCCGAGUUCCACCAAUCCCCAUUCGUGCAGGCAGUUGAAAGCCAAAAACCCAAACAGCGCUCGUUACGCCGUUUAGUUGAGGAAGAGGAUACCCUAGUCGAUGCACCGGAUGAUGUAAUGGCGACACCCAUACCGAAAGUGCGUAUGAGAAAAAGUUAAAUUAUGUACAAUAGUAUCGUACCAGCUAUCUGCCUAUCGUAUGUUUGUUUUAUUUCAAAACCAUGUCUAAAAACU